UCCCUGGGCGUAGCCUCGGGCGCAUCAUGGAGGCCGCCACGGCUCCGGCUCCCGACUCCGAGCAGGCCUGGCUUGAGGCUGCCCGGACCUUCAUCCAAGAGACCCUGUGUCCAGCUGGCACGGAGCCCGAUGUCCAGUUGACUCAGUUGGUAAUUGACUGUGUGAAGACCAUCUGGUUCUCCCAGGGAAAGAACCAGGGUUUUCCCCUGCCCCUCAGCUACAGCUUUGUCUCAGUACAGGACCUCAAGACCCACCAAAACCUCCCAUGCUGCAGCCACCUGUCCUGGAGCAGUAAUGCAUACCAGGCUUGGGCCCAAGAGGCUGGACCAAGUGGGACUCCCCUACCCCGGGAGCGGCUGUUACUCUUAGGGACACUAACAGACCUGUCAGGGGACUUGGAACAAGAGUGCAGGAAAGGAGACCUCUAUGUGAAAGAUAACACUGGUGUCCUGGGCUGUGAGCUCAUAGAUCUGGACCUUUCUUGGUUGGGCCAUCUCUUUCUGUUCCCCAGUUGGAGCUACCUCCCUCCUCCCAGGUGGAGUUCUUCAGGGGAAGGACACUUGGAGCUCUUGAGUGCUCCGGUGCCAGUGCUCCCCCUGACCAGCAGUCCGAGCUCCCUCAGCCCUCUCUCUGUUCUCUAUCCAGAGACCGCGUCCCGCCUGCUCAGGCACAGAGGCAAGCUCAGAGGCGUGCAGCCAAACCUGGCCGGGAAGCUGGUUCGCGUGAGCGCUCUGGUGAGGAGUCAGAAGAAAGCUCACUUUGUCCUGUCUCUUGGUGGAUCCUCGCCAGCUGGCAGCCUCGUGUCCGUCGUCGUGCAGCGUCCCCUGCAGAUUUUAAUUGGGCUUCUGGCGGCUUCAUCUCACAAAGGCUGCCUGCAGCUUCGGGACAGAAGCGGUUCCCUCCCCUGCCUAAUCCUGGCCAAGCACUCUCAGCCCAUCAGCGACUCCCGGCUCAUAGGCUGCUUGGUGCGGACAGAGAAGUUCCAGUUGAUCAUAGAGAGGAACGUCAGGAGCACCUUCCCUUCUUGUAAGGAGCUGAGCAUGGCGGGCUUCAUCCAGAAGCAGCAGGCCAGGGUCUAUAUCCAGUUCUUCCUGGCUGACGCCCUGAUCCUGCCUGUGCCGAGACCCUUGCUUCUCUCAGCCGCCUCCCUCGCACCUUCUCAGACAGAGCCCGCCCUGCCAGAGGGCCCUCCCACAGAACAGAGCCGACUGUUCUUGCUGUCCCACAAGGAGGCACUGAUGAAGAGGAACUUCAGUGUCCCCCCAGGAGCUAGUCCAGAGGUGCCCAAGCCCAUUCUCAGCUUCUACGUAUCAGGGCGCUGGCUUGGGGGCACCCAGAGGAAGGAGGGGACUGCAUGGGGCCCACCUGAGCCUGAGGGAGAUGAGAGCAAGGAUCAGAAGGUUCUCUUAGUCUUCCGUGGCUCCUCCAUCCGCUGGUUCGAGUUCUUGCACCCGGGUCGAGUGUACCGACUGGUGGCUCCUGGCCCUCCCACGCCACUGUUGUUCGCGGAGGGCGGGCCGUCCUGCGUCCCGCAGCGUCCUCUGGAGCUGGCCGGCUGCACGUCCUUCCUCACUGUGCGGGACGAGUGGACCGUGGAACUUGAGAGCAGCCGGGACCUCCCCGCCGCGCCUGACGCCAACAAGGCCCUGCCUGAGACCUCGCUGGCCGACCUGCUCAGUGGCGACCACACCAAUUCCCUGGUGUCCUUCUCAGCUGAGGUUUUGUCACGCACACUGUGUGAACCGUUUCCGGCCCCUUUCUGGACAAAGCCUGGCACCGCUCGGACCUCGAGGGGGUGCGUGAAGCUGACCGUAGCUGUGCGGGUUGCCGACUGUCAGUUCCCCCCUCACCUGGACAUCUACAUCAAAGACCCACACUUGCCUCCCCCGCUGGGACUCCUUCCAGGAGCCCGAGUCUACUUUGGCCAGCUGGAGAAAAAGAUCUCCAGAUCCCAUAAUGUUUACUGUUGCUUCCGGCCAUCCACUUACCUGCAGGUCCUGAGCUUCCCCCCGGAGACCAGCAUCAGGUCGGUGCCCCAGGCCCUGAUCCCCAGACCUCGUGGCCUUGCGUCCACUUCCUCCAUGUGGCUCCUGGUAGAGGACGGCACUGCCGAGGCUUUGGUCACCUGUAAGAAUCAUCACGUGGCAACGGCUCUAGGGCUCCGUCCCAGUGAGUGGACGUCCCUCCUGGAGUGUGUCCGUGGGCCGGGGAAGGUGGCCUUGCAAUUUACAGGUCCUGGAGCCCAGGUGGAGUCUUCAGCCAAGAUUGAUGAGCCUUUGGUCCUCUUCCUCCGGACGCUUUGUACCAGCUUUUCUGUCCUCCGUCCUGUUGUGCUUUCCUUUGAGCUUGAGAGGAAAUCCUCCAUGGUCACCGUGUUGGAACCUCCUCGGCUACAGCGGUUCCAGUGUGGGGAGCUGACUCUCCUGACUCGUGUGAAUCCCAGGAUCCAGCUGUCCUGCCUUUCCAUCCAGGAGCCCAAGCACCCCAGCUCCCUGGGAGCCUUUUCCUUGUCCUGCUAA